AUGGUUGCGCAGGCAUUGACCGCAUCUGAUGGAAGGAAACGUUUCCUCAGCCAAGACGACCUCGAGUGUGAACGAUGCUUCACGCAGGAUGGUAUGGUCUAUGACUUGAAGGCAAUAGGGGUCCAGAUUGUAGAGUCGACAUGCUCAGUUGGUCACAACAGUAUUCUGAACUACUUGAAAAAGGCCGCAGAUGUGCUGGGCAUCGAAUUCGAUUGCGAGCCCGAUGUGAAGAUCAUCCUGGAUCCUAUGCCCAGUAUGGUUCAAGCCUCAGCUACUUGUACUGGUGGCAAUCCUGUUCUCGGCACCAACGACCCCGGCUCUUCUU